AUGGACGGAGACUCUUCAGCAAAGACCAUGGACAAGGGUGCUUCUGCUGCCCUGAGAAACGAUGACUUCGGAUCCACUGGCAUCCACGAGGACGCUGUCCCCAAGGGCGAACCAGCUGGCGAGAAGACCACAGGCACUGGCACGUCCGCAUUCAGUGCAGAUGGUGCGAUUGGAAAGCAGUUCACUGGUAUGCUCAUGCUCUCCGUCAUCCACAUAGCAAUUGCUAAUCAAAUUCCAGCCGACGGCUCAAUUGGCCAGAUUGGUGAAAAGGUCGGUGGACCAUUCUCAAGUCAGGGCGCCAUUGGAAAGCAAUUCACCACCGGGGGCUCAAUUGGCGGCACUGUUCAGGAGCAACUCGGCAAGGGCGAGAACAACACUUUCCAGAAGUAG